UAGGGUUUUAGCAGGGUUUGCAGAGAUUGAAGAGAGGAGAUGGAUUCUUUUUCAACACAUUCUCCAUCAAGUGGAUCGUCUCCCCAAAUGUCAACGGAAGAUUUCAUGGACCAGCUCAAGACUCAGCUUGCCCAGGCCUACGCCGAGGAGUUCCUCGAGACUGUGAGAGGAAAGUGCUUUGAGAAAUGUAUCACAAAACCAGGGUCAAGCUUGAGUGGGAGUGAGAGUAGCUGCAUCUCUAGGUGUGUGGAUCGCUACAUUGAGGCCACGGGUAUUAUUAGCAAAGCUCUAUUUAGUGCACCACGCUGAAACUGAGCAGAACAAUAUCCUGAUGAAGAUUAAUGCUGCCAAAUUUCAGAGGAACUGCAAACUGAAGAAACAAGCAUAUGUUUGGUAAUGCUUUCCCAAGGAAUAAUCUGUUCGCAUUGAGUACUGAUUUAAUUACAGGCUUGAAUGUCAGCCAUAUAGACCUUGCCCACUGGGGCUUUAUCAUUGUUACUUCAAUGCAUGGAUGGUUAUCCUAACAUUUGUGUGCUAGGCCUUUGAUAGCAUGCUCAGCUGACAAUAUACAAGUUUUUUACUA